UAGAAUCUAUAUCGAGUCUGAUCUCCAUUUUCAACCAUUUUUGGAUUUUACACACAGUUUACGGACGUUUAUCAUCAUACAGGUUCCACAUAAAAAAUUGGAGUCUUCUUCCAUAAAUUCUCUACAGGAAAGAUAAAAAUCGGAAAAAAACAUGGUGGUCGACGCGGAAUUAGAGGCUGCCAAAAGCGUUGUUCUCGAAUUAAUGAAAGAUAAAGAUGCGAUUGAGGCUGAAAUGAUUAACUUGAAGGCUGUUCUAGAUUCCAAUGAUGUCGGAAUGAACGAGGCUCUCGUCGAUUCAGAAGGCUAUCCUCGAAACGACAUUGAUGUUUACCGUGUUAGACACGCUCGGCACAAAAUAAUAUGUUUACGCAAUGAUCACAAACAACUAAUGAAGAAGAUCGAACAAGGCUUGAGCAAGAUACAUAAAUGUACAUCCAUGACUGAAGCAAACUCGUACAACCCAGUGCAAAAUCCUGUCAAGGAAGAGCCGUGUGAGAGUCUUUACACCGAACCGUUUCUGAGAGUAAAUUUGGUAACAUCUGGAUCUCCAGCCGAAAGCGCAGGCAUCAGAGAAAACGACAAAAUAACGGAAUUCGGCUCCGUGAAUUAUCAGAAUUUUAAAUCUCUGAAGGACAUUGGAUCAUUGGUCGAGCACAGCCGUUUUAAGCCGAUAGUAGUCAAAGUUAAACGCGAUACGGAUAUACUAUCCCUGACAUUAAUUCCUCGUCCUUGGAGUGACAAGGGUUUGUUGGGCUGUAACGUCAUACCUCUGGAGAUGGUCGAGAGAUAAGCAUCAUCAGUUACUAAGUCUUUGUCUCGUUUGUCCAAGAAAGAAAAAUAAACAAAUGACUGUUAUUUGCGCGUACGGGGUAUAUACGAUAGAUUUAAUAUUUAAUAAUUAAUAAUUUAUAAAUUAUUCUUGCAAUGCGAAUAAAAAAAUUGCCUCAAUACGUUCACUUUCGCCCUUAUCCCCGACAACUACCGCCGUUUCUCUCUUUGGUACAUUCGCGUAAGUUUAAUCCUUUGGAAUAUGGAAAGAAGAGCUCCGAGAGGGUAACGCGAUACCUAUGAGCCGAAAGCGUGUUUUUCAAUAAUGCACCCACCCGAGUAUUAAGGCUCUUCUUGUAUCUAUAUAAAAUAAGCAAGUUGCCAUUUUUUCUCCGUUAGUCUCUCCACACCGAGUACCAACAUGUUUGCCUCAUUCCCUGGAUUGUUCGGUGCGUGGCUCGUAUUCCUGGUAGGAAUGUGUAAAGCCGAAAAUAUACAAGCCUCAGGCUCGAGUUUGUCUCCUUUUUCGAUUAUUUACACCAUCUAUCCGUAUUACAAUUCCGAGGCAAAUCUUUUGAGAAUUGUCAAAUCUGCCAGCGAGCAACCUCUGAAAAGCGUCCUUGAAGGAAAUUUUGGAGCCUCUGCGGACACAACAACAGAUGGCAAAAACACAACUCCUAACGAAGAACCAAUCUAUUCCACGCAUUCCAGUGAAUCAACUCAUCAUCGGCGUGCUGAAUCCCAACUCACUGAGAUAACGUACUGGCCACCGGUGCAGAGGGGUGCAGUGCCAAAAUCUCGACUCGGAAGAACCGCUACUACUCGCCAACAAACUGAUUCCAAUUGACGUUUUAUUCUCGCUCUCGUCCAUCCUCAAAAAAUUAUAUAUAAUAUAUAUAUAUAGUUCAACUUCCGUUCGAUUUCCAAUCGAUUUUCUAUUUAAAUCUUUGUCUAUGAGCUGCUAGCAGAUAGAAUUUUUCCGAAAUACUGGAUACUAUAGACCACGCACAGGCUACUUAUGCUUUGUAGUGCACGGGCAAAUAAAUGAGAUGAAUCUCUAA